AUUUCCAAGAUGGGGCUCAUGGACGGUGUGAGGACCCUGCUGAGGUCUCCCCUACACCCCCUUUAGGACAGACCCCUGCAGACAUGGACAUGGCGUCAAUCACAGGUCUAUUUUUAGCCUAGGCUGCCAUGUUGUCUGCGAGGUAAAUGUCCGUCCGUCCCAGAGGAGAUCUUGCGGCGCUGAGUCACGGUCCUGCCUGUUUGCACGCUGCAGCUCUCCGGGGCUCUCAGGUUCACGGUGUGGCUUAAUUAGGACAUCCCGGAAGAGUCGCCGGUGCUGCGCGCAGCGGAGCGACGGAAGGCAGGAGGGGACCGCAGGGCAGCAGCAGCCACACGGACACGGAUCCGGACCGGGAUAUUGACAGAAAACAACCGAAACGUUAACUGCACGGCCAGAGGAGGGAGGUUUGUCACCAUGGAGGGAUUAAUGCAGCGGCUGGAGCGAGCAGUGACUCGACUGGAGCAGAUGUCCGUCACGAUGCAGGCGUCCAGCGGCAUGACUAACGGGGACUGUGUCAACGGCAUCGAUGGAGCUCUGUCUCAAUGUGUGGAGGCCUUCGACGUGCUGCUGAGGGGUCCGGUGUCCGAAUAUCUGAACAACAGCCGAGCUAUAGGAAGCGAGGUGGAGAAACACGCAGAGAUGGUGAACAACGCGCUGCAGACUCAGAAAACUUUCCUCAAGAUGGCUUCAACGCACCAGGAGCCUGCACAGAAUGAGCUCCAAGACCUGCUGAAGCCCAUUUCGGAUCACAUCCAGGAGGUCCAGAGCUUCAGAGAACGAAACCGCGGCAGCAGCCUCUUCAACCACCUGUCAGCUGUCAGCGAGAGCAUCCCCGCUCUGGGCUGGGUGGCCGUGAGUCAGAAACCAGGGCCCUAUGUGAAGGAGAUGAACGACGCCGCCACCUUCUACACCAACAGAGUGCUGAAGGACUACAAGGAAACCGACAGACGUCAUGUGGACUGGGUUCGCUCCUACCUGUCCAUCUGGACUGACCUGCAGUCCUUUAUCAAGCAGCAUCACACAACAGGACUGGUGUGGAGCAAGAGUGGCCCGAUUGCUCCUGCCUCUCUCUUUGACUCCCCCCCGACCCCCAGCGCUCCCGGUCCACCGCCUCCCCCUCCUCCCCCCGGACCUCCUCCGGUCUUCACUGAUGACGAGUCCAAGCCUCAGGCGGACGGUGCAGCAGCUCAGCACUCUGCGCUGUUCGCCCAGCUCAACCAGGGCAUGGACAUCACUAAAGGUCUGAAGCAUGUCUCGGAUGACCAGAAGACCCACAAAAACCCCAAUAUUCGCUCUCAGACGGGGGUGGCAACUAAUAAAAGCAAAAAAGCCGGACCUGGGAACUCACCUAGACUGGCGGCCCAGAAGAAACCCCUGCUGGAGCUGGAGGGGAAGAAAUGGAGAGUGGAAAACUUUGAGCAGAAACAUGACCUGGUGAUCGACGACACGGAGCUCAAACAGGUGGUGUACGUCUUCAGCUGCAACAACUCCACCGUGCAGGUUAAAGGCAAAAUGAACUCCAUCAUCAUAGACAACUGUCAGAAGCUGGGCCUGGUUUUUGAGAAUGUCGUUGGGAUUGUGGAGAUCAUCAACUCCAAAGCUGUUCAGUUACAGGUGUUGGGUACAGUUCCUACCAUUUCCAUCAACAAGACCGAGGGCUGCCAGGUCUAUCUGAGCAAAGACUCCCUCAACUGUGACAUCGUCAGCGCCAAGAGCUCUGAGAUGAACAUCCUGAUUCCAGAGGGGGAAGACGAUUACAGGGAGUUCCCAGUCCCAGAGCAGUACAAGACAGUGUGGGAUGGCUCCAAACUGGUGACAGAACCCACAGAGAUCGCAGGCUGAUUGCUACUUUGAGUCACCAUCGCCGCCAGCACAGCAAUAAUCACAUAUUUUUACCCAACUUUAUGUCAUUACUCAGAUAUAGAAAAGGGAACUUACAGGCCGGCAUUAACUUAUAGUCCACUUCUUGCUGCUGCAUUUGUGACUUCACGAGAGGUUUCUUAAGCACUUUGAAGCUGUCGUCAGUAAUAAUCUUGUCUACAUAACACAAACCCACACUGUAGGUACUAAAGACGAGUCAAAAAGAAGUAGAAAUAAAAAGAUAUCUCAGGUUUAAGUAACACAAACCUAGCACAUUUCUGCACCACAGCAAUACUGGCAUUGAUGGAACAGCAUGUAACUUUAGAAUUCUCUGAGUUACUAUAAUAACAACUUUACAUUUUAAACCAGAGCAGCAACAUAUUAUUUUACAAGAAAACUAAAAAUUACACAACCUUCAGUGGCCAAGCAAACAAGUCUAUAUGGUGCAUUUUCUAUCUUAUGAAGUGUGUGUUAGUUACUUCUAUUAAUGUGUAUAGUGCAUGCCAGUUAAGUAGCAAUGUUUUACUUAGUGAGUAAAGUAUAUGCAGUAUUGAUCUCUUUAUUUUAGUGCAUUCAAAUGAAUCCGCUCAAAUGGAUCUAAAAGGGUCAGAUGUGCUGCAGCUGCUCAGUAUAAUUAAAUACCCACCUACUAAUUUCUUUUAUGUCAUAACUAAUGGGCAGUAGUGGUAACCUUCACACUAGAGGUACUUCUUAUUUCUUUAUUAUGGCGUAUACCACUCACUUUUGUAUUUUGAUGUAGCACCAGCAUAGGACAUAUAAUAACAUACAACAGUUCUACUUUUCAAAAACUUUAUUGACAAGAAAACCAUUCAAUGUAAUUGUGUAUCCUUUUUCAAAUAAAGUCAAAAUCCCCCA